ACUUCUGACUCAUUUUUUUAUUUUAUUGUUGCCCUUUUGGUUUGGGGAGAUAAGGGAUUUAAACAAUGUGGACCAAUGAUGAAACACCAAUGGACUUCUCAAACAUCUCAUGGUAUUACCUGGCAGAUUGUGGGAGGCGGCACCGGUUUGAGGUAAACUGCUGUAAAAUAUUUAAGAUAUUUAGCUGAUUGAAAUGAUCAUCUGUAAGAUGUAAUGUAUGUUUGACUGCGUAACUCAUUCUCAGGAUGACCCUGAUAACCCCGUCAGGAGUGAGGACAUAGAAAAUCAUUGCCAGAUAGCUUUGGAUACCUUACAUGAUUUUAAAGAGCAAAAUAGAUUUUUCUGGUAUUUUUUUUACACUCAUGUCUACUUAUAUGGUUUCUGUAUUUUAAAUAAAAAUCUGAAUUCAUUAACCGUUUGUUUUUUCUGAUAUCUGACAUCCCAUAUUUCUCUUUUCUUGUCUCUAAGUCAAUACAAAGUGUUUGAAUAAAAUUCCCUGUGGUAAAAACAACCUCUUCUGAUUCUAAGGUAAGAUUAACCUCUGUACCUUAAUAAGUGUGAGAAUAUACCAACUAUAUUCCGCUACACAGUGAUGUUGCAGACUGAUCUAAUCACAGGACGGCAAAGAAGAGUCAGCCAUAGCCUCCGCAUUGAAAAAAGGUCAAAUAAAACAUGCAACUCAGUAAAAGUGAUGCCUGUCAUGGAUGCAUGAUGAAUUAGACCUGUUGAGUUUGGUUUUUAACAAAAUGAAAGUGAAACCAGUCAGCACAAUGGCAGCCUGUUCCUGUUUUAGUUCCCCACCUGUCUUCUGGGAUAGCUUUGAUCCUGCACUUCCAUACCAGACAGUUCCACUGAGUCCCUUCACCCCAGAGUUUAAGACCGUAACAAAUUAUGUGAUAACGGAGGGGCUUCUGAACCAAUCCAUUGUGUCAAUAAGCCGGAUCCAGAACAUAGACCUCUGGGAAAUGUUUUGCAGGAAAAAGAAACAGCUGAUGAGGAUCAAAGGUAUGGGAAUGGCCCAAGAGAGACGGCUUUUCCAUGGGACGGAUGUGAGAAAUAUAGACAGCAUCUGCAAAUAUAACUUUGAUUUACGGUUAGCUGGAAAACACGGCAAAGCAUACGUAAACGAUUCCAGCUGGUCUGAUUUUCCUUAUUUGUGUGUGCAGGAAUAUGUUUUUCCACUUAUGCAUCAAUUGCACACACACACACACACACACACACACACACACACACACACACACACACACACACACACACACACACACACACACACACACACACACACACACACACACACACACAGUUUGGGCAUUGCUGCAUCUUGGACACAUGGAGCCAACGCCAAAACAAUAAUUUUAGCUCGUGUGAUAGUUGGGAAGCCUACUCUUGGACAUUGUCAUUUAGAAAGACCAGAUGGUGGAGAUCUUGAAAAUUCUCACGACUGCUGUGUAGAUAACAUUAAUCAUCCAAACAUAUAUGUCAUAUUUGAUCCAAAUCAAAUAUAUCCUGAAUAUCUAAUUUGCUACAACUGAGCUAAAACGUGUGCAGGAUACCUACCUCCAUCUGUGUGGAUUGUGUUUUUACAGCAGAUAUUUAUGUAGAUGUGUACAAAAACUAAUGUUUUAGAAGAGCAUGUUAACAUGUAAUAGAAGAAGAAGAAAAAAAGAAAAUAUCAUUUAUUUGGCGCCUCUCAAGAUAAAAAUCACGAGGCGCUUAAAUCAAUGCGUAAUAAAUCAAUGAACAACUUUAUGAAAACACACACAGGGUGAACCCUGUAAAGAAAUGUUUCAUGCAGUUUCAGGGAAGCUACUGUGGUGCUUAUUCUACAAACACAACUAUUUAAAAUGAUAACUUCAUGGGAAGUUGGCUAAUUGAGUUUACCUGUGAUGUUGCCUCGGAGCUUUAGUUUUCUACAGAAAAUAAAUAAUCAACCAAACACAAAUAUCUUCAUUUUUUGAGUUGAGUGCAGUGAAUCAAGAUUAUAGCUUCAAAUUCUGUCAGAAUAUAUUAUUUUAUAAAGGUUUUCCCUUUUAUUUAUAGUGAUUAAUCCAAAUUCAAAUGAUUAAAAUCCAUAAAUAAACU